AUGCGUUUUUCCAUGAUUACCAUUGUGACCUUUAUCGGCCUGGCACUUGCCUCGCCUGUCGAAGUUGAAAAGAGAGUGGCUUAUGAACCUGACUGGACUCGCAGCCAACCAACAAUUGUUUCACACUCUGCAGAAUCGACGGUGGAAGUGGAGAUUACUGUCUCAAGAAGUGCUCUGGAAAUUAAAGCUCAGCUCUACCCCCGCGAAUAG